AUGGCGCCCUCCAACAUCAAAGUUCCUCCGCAGGGCCCGUUGAAGUCGUCUCUACAAACUCCGACAACAGCACAAUGGGCCACGACAACUCUGCGAGUUGGAGGCAUGACGUGUGGUGCUUGCACAUCAGCAGUUGAAGCAGGCUUUAGGGGCGUCGACGGUGUGGGCAAUGUGUCAGUGAGCUUGGUCAUGGAACGAGCGGUGGUAAUGCACGAUCCUCAAAGGAUAUCCGCGGAGCAGAUUCAGGAGACCAUCGAAGAUUGUGGGUUCGAAGCCGACGUUCUAGCGACCGAUAUACCGUCCCCCCUGCUCCGGAGUAAUGAGAGUCUCUUCGACGCCGACAACGACGAACCGACGACUACGGUUACGACCAUUGCUAUUGAAGGUAUGACAUGCGGCGCUUGCACGUCUGCGGUGGAGGACGGUUUCGCGAACGUUCCGGGACUCAAACAUUUCAGUAUUUCGCUACUGUCAGAAAGAGCUAUAAUUGAGCACGAUGUGGAACUGUUGCCCGUCGACAAAAUAAUCGAAAUAAUCGAGGGCCGAGGCUUCGAUGCCACACUGGUGGACAGCGAAGAGCAGAAGCCUACGAAGAAAAUGGCAUUAGCACCUGGAUCAAGACCAUCAGUUGCGACCACGACAGUUGCGAUCGAGGGUAUGACAUGUGGUGCCUGCACCUCAGCAGUCGAAGGUGGCUUCAACGGGCUCGACGGUAUUCUGCGCUUUAACAUAAGUCUUCUGGCCGAAAGAGCCGUCAUUACGCAUGACCUGGCCAAAGUACCUGCCGACAAGAUUGCCGAAAUCAUUGUAGACCGAGGAUUUGACGCCAAGAUCUUAUCUACCACAGUUGACACCGCGGAACAUGGUUCGACUGCAACUGUGGCCCAGUUCAAAGUUUACGGCUGCGCAGGUGCGGCAGCCGCUAAAACAGUCGAAGAUGCGCUAUUGGCUCUGUCGGGCGUGGAAUCUGCGAGACUGAGCCUCAGUACUUCAAGGCUCACAGUCACACAUCAUCCAAAUAUCAUCGGCUUGCGCGCUCUUGUCGAUGCUGUUGAAGCCGCGGGCUACAAUGCGCUGGUUGCCGACAACGAUGACAAUGAUGCUCAGCUUGAAUCCCUCGCAAAAACAAGAGAAAUUCAAGAAUGGCGCAGGGCCUUCAAAGUUUCUGUGACUUUUGCGAUCCCAGUGUUUUUCAUUGGCAUGAUCUUUCCUAUGGUCAUCCCUGUUUUAGACUUCGGCGGCUGGGAAAUCUUCGAUGGUCUCUUCCUCGGCGACAUCAUUUGUUUGGUUCUCACGAUACCCAUUCAAUUUGGCAUUGGCAAACGGUUCUAUGUGUCAGCCUAUAAGUCUGUCAAGCAUGGCUCGCCCACCAUGGAUGUCUUGGUGGUACUUGGCACAUCUGCUGCCUUCUUCUUCAGCAUCGCAGCCAUGGUUGUGUCCGUUUGCUUCCCUCCUCACACUCGACCUAGCACGAUUUUCGACACAAGCACUAUGCUCAUCACCUUUAUUACAUUCGGUCGUUUCCUGGAGAACCGUGCGAAGGGACAAACUUCCAAGGCCCUAUCCAGGCUCAUGUCUCUCGCGCCGUCUAUGGCAACAAUUUACGUCGACCCCAUCGCUGCUGAGAAAUUAGCCGAAGGAUGGGACGCUGUCGUCCAGUCAGAAGAACCGAAGACUCCAAUCCGUGAAGGCAACGCGGCCGAGGAGAAAGUUAUCCCCACCGAACUCAUUCAAGUUGGCGACAUUGUCGUUAUGCGACCCGGCGACAAGAUCCCUGCUGACGGCGUCAUCGUCCGCGGUGAGACAUAUGUGGACGAAAGCAUGGUGACAGGCGAGGCCAUCCCCGUUCAAAAGAAAAAGGGCACCAAUGUCAUUGGUGGCACAGUCAACGGUCAUGGGCGAAUCGACUUCCGUGUGACGCGAGCCGGCCGCGACACGCAGCUCAGCCAGAUUGUGAAGCUUGUCCAGGAUGCACAAACCACCAGAGCCCCAAUCCAGAGGCUGGCGGACAAACUGGCUGGUAUGUUUGUACCUAUGAUUCUCUCUCUCGGCCUCCUGACCUUCGUCUUUUGGAUGGUCCUCAGCCACGUCUUGACGAAUCCCCCAAAGAUCUUUUUGGAAGAUGCGAGCGGUGGUAGGCUUUUUGUUUGCGUCAAGCUGUGCAUUUCUGUCAUAGUAUUUGCAUGCCCGUGUGCGCUGGGCUUAGCCACUCCUACGGCUGUCAUGGUAGGUACCGGCGUGGGAGCGGAGAACGGAAUCCUCGUCAAGGGGGGCGCUGCUCUGGAAACCACGACUAAGGUCACACAAGUAGUCUUAGACAAGACGGGAACCAUCACUUACGGCAAGAUGAUAGUCGCAACUGCGAAUAUUACUCCUUCAUGGCAAGACAGCGAAUUGGCCCGACGACUUUGGUGGACCGUUGUUGGACUGGCUGAGAUGGGCAGCGAGCACCCCGUGGGCAAAGCCGUUUUGAAUGCUGCACGGGUGGAACUUAACGUAGACGAAGAAGGUGCCAUUGAUGGAAGCAUCGGUGACUUCACUGCAGCCGUGGGCCGAGGUAUCAGCGCAAUCGUUGAGCCCCAGACCGGUACGUUGCGAACGCGCUAUACCGUAUUGGUUGGCAACGUCCGCUUCCUCCGCGAGAACGAUGUCGAUGUGCCUGCGGAAGCAAUUGAGGCCUCGGAACAGAUCAACUCGAAAGCGAACAAGUCCCAGUCCAAGUUGUCCUUUGCCGGUACUACCAACAUCUUCAUCGCCAUCGACGGCACGUACGCUGGUCAUCUUUGUCUUUCGGAUACCAUAAAGGAAGGAGCUGCACCAACGAUUUCCGUGCUUCACCGGAUGGGCAUCAGGACUGCUAUUGUGACGGGUGACCAACGCUCUACGGCUUUGGCUGUCGCGUCGCUGGUGGGUAUUCCUGCCGAAGAUGUAUACGCUGGUGUCUCCCCAGACCAAAAACAAGCCAUCAUUCGGCAACUCCAGGACGAGGGCCAAUGUGUCGCCAUGGUGGGUGAUGGUAUCAACGACUCCCCCGCCCUGGCCACAGCCGACGUGGGCAUCGCCAUGUCGAGCGGCACAGACGUCGCCAUGGAAGCCGCCGACGUGGUCCUAAUGCGUCCCAACGACCUGAUGGACAUUCCCGCUGCCCUCCACCUCGCCCGCACCAUUUUCAUCCGUAUCAAGCUCAACCUCGCAUGGGCCUGUCUCUACAACAUCGUCGGGCUCCCCUUCGCCAUGGGCGUCUUCUUGCCAUUCGGCUGGCAUCUGCACCCCAUGGCCGCGGGUGCCGCCAUGGCAUGCAGCAGUGUCAGUGUUGUGGUUAGCUCGCUUCUGCUUAAGUUCUGGACGCGACCCCAGUGGAUGGACGAGGCGCUGUUGGCAAAUCAGGGCGGACUUAAGAAGAUGGGCCGUGGAUGGGGUUUGGACGGUGUGGUUACGAAGAUUCAGGACGCUGCUGCUGCGGUGUUGGGGCGGAAGGCUGGGAAGGAUGAGGGGUAUGUCCCGUUGGAUAACUUGGAGAGGAGUGAGGUGUAA